AUGAGUGCACAGAGGAGAGUUAACUCCCUAGACACACAUGCUGAAGGAAUGCCAAUAACUAGAUUAUUUCCUGAUGACACUGAACAAACUGAUGAAAUGGUUGAGGACAUGGAGAUAUCCCCAGUUGAUAGUGAUGCUGAGAUGGAGGAUGAUGACAUUGUUUAUGAUGGAUAUUUAUAUGGAAGUGAUAGUGACGUUGAUGAUGUAACAUGUGAUGAUUUCAGUGUUGGUCCUUUUGAAGGAUACUGUAGCCUUGGACCUCCAACUGAAAAAUGUAUACAUUGUAGUGCUGUUUUGUGGAAGGAAGAGCGCGUCAAUAAGAAUGUGAAGAAGGGAACCCCUGAAUUUUCAAUAUGUUGCUGCAGGGGCCAGAUAAAGUUGCCUAAAGUUCCACCUACCCCAUCUUACCUGAUGCAGCUGUAUAAUGAUCCAGAAAAGGGAAACAAUUUUAAGAGGAAUAUACGAUUAUACAACACGAUGUUUGCUUUUACCUCUAUGGGUGGGAGAGUUGACAAUUCAAUCAAUUGUGGUAGAGCCCCCUAUAUUUAUAGACUUAAUGGGCAAAAUCAUCAUGUUUUUGGGACCCUCAUACCUAAUGAAGGAAAGGAUCCCAAAUUUUGUCAAUUAUAUAUUUAUGACACUGAAAAUGAGGUUGAAAAUAGGAUGAAAUGGGUAAAGGUAAAUAAUGGGGAACCUGUGGAGGCUGCUGUUGUUCGUGGUUUGUUAGAUAUGUUGGAUUCGACAAAUGAGUUAGUUCCUUUUUUUCGUAUGGCACGUGAUAGGUUCAAAGAAGAUGCUGUGCAGGAUCUGAAAAUUGUCAUGAAAAUAUCACGUGCUGAUAGCGGCCGUGAGAAUUUUAUUGGUCCUUCCAAUGAGGUUGGUGCUAUCAUGGUAGGUGAUCUGGAAGAUACCUGUGGUGAGAGGGAUAUUAUCAUUCACAGUAUUAAGCAUGGACUUCAACGUAUAAGUGAUAUACAUCCUAAAUUAAUGGCUUUACAAUACCCAUUGCUUUUUCCAAGAGGUGAGGAUGGAUACUCAGAUGAUAUUCCUUAUGAGAAGACCAAGAACAACGCAGGAAAGAAACGUACGAGGGUCACCAUGAAGGAGUAUUACUCUUAUCGAUUACAAGUCCGGUAUAAUGAAGGGAAUACUCCAAGGCUUGGUGGCAGACUAUUUCAACAAUAUAUUGUUGAUUCUUUUUCGGCUAUUGAACAAGCCCGUUUGUGGUGGUAUCGAACUCAUCAAACCACUCUUCGCAAUGACCUCUACACAAAUAUCAAAAAAAGUCUUAGCAUGGGUGAAGGUAGCACAACUAAUGUCGGUAAAGGUUUUAUACUGCCUGCCAGCUUUCUUGGUUCUCGAAGAUAUAUGCAACAGUGCUUUCAAGAUGCGCUUGCAGUCUGUAGGCAUAUUGGACACCCGGACAUUUUCUUGACCAUGACUACUAAUCCUUUGUGGGAUGAAAUUAUUCACAUGAUGAAAAACAUGCCAGGCUGCUUACCUGUCGACUCUCCUGAUGUUACUGCGCGUGUUUUCAAGCUUAAACUUGAUCAGAUUGUUGACGAUAUAAAGGACAAGGGCUAUUUUGGAAAAUGUGCUGCAAUCAUGUAUGUUGUUGAGUUUCAAAAGCGUGGUUUGCCUCAUGUCCACAUGCUCAUUUGGUUGGAUACAAAUUCAAAGAAAAAACUCAAUGCAAAUGUGGACAGCUUUGUAUCGGCUGAAAUUCCCGAUCCAGAUAAAGACCCUAUUGGUUAUAAAGCUGUAGCCAGACACAUGAUGCACGGUCCCUGUGGUUUGCUCAAUACCAAGUCUCCUUGCAUGAAGGACAUGAAGUGUAGUAAACACUUCCCUAAAAAGUACCAGUCUCAAACUAUGUUUGAUCAAUCAGGGUUUCCUGUUUACAAGCGCCGUAAUACAGGGAUCACAGUGAAGAAAGGAAAUCAUGAGCUUGACAAUCAAUAUGUAGUUCCAUACAACCGCGAUCUACUGGUGAAAUACCAAUGUCACAUGAACGUGGAGAUUUGCUGUCAUGCACGUAGUCUUAAAUACCUGUUUAAAUACUGCCUCAAAGGUCAUGACCGUGCUACAGUUGAGAUUUCGAACAAAACAAAUGAGGCUCAGUCUACUUCUGCAGAUGUUCCCAGAGAUGAGAUCCAGGCCUAUUUUGAUGGACGUUACAUAUGCGGUGCUGAGGCAGCCUACAGGAUAUUUGGAUUUGACAUCCAUUAUCGAUCUAUCUCUGUUCUUCGACUAUCCUUUCACUUACCUGGCAAACGUAAUUGUACAUUUAGAGAAGGCGAGGAACUUCACAAGGUUGUGCAAAGGGAGAAAUUUAAACAAAGUCAACUGGAGGCUUUCUUCCAACUGAACCAGAAGGACAUCAAUGCAAGGAAAUUCACUUAUGAUGAAAUUCCAAGGUACUAUGUUUGGAAUGAAUCUGACUCAAUUUGGACGAUACGUAAGAAAGGCACCCAAUUAGGCAGGCUGCUAUUUACUCACCAUACUUCUGGGGAAAUUUGGUACUUGCGCUUAUUGCUCACAAAGGUCAGGGGACCAACAUCAUUCAACCAUCUCAAAACUGUUGAUGGUGUUUGUUGCAAUACAUUUAAAGAAGCGUGUCAUAAAUAUGGUUUCCUGGAAGAUGAUAAUGAAUGGAACGAGCUCCUUCAGGAAUGUUCAAAUUGUGGGUUUCCAGGACAAAUUCGUGAGCUUUUUGUCCAUAUAAUGGUCAAUUGCCAGGUAACUGACUUAUCUGCUCUUUGGAAAAAGUACUGGAAGAGCAUGAGUGAUGACAUUGUCAUGCGUCAUCGGAAGGAAGAUGUCAAUAAUCAUGUGUCUAUAAGCGACAAACAACUUCAAUUUUAUGUCCUAGCAGAAAUUGAUAAAUUACUCAGAUCUAUUGGGAAGUCACUACAACAGUUUGCUCAGCUGCCGCAGCCUCCAUCUUCAUUUCUUCACAGAGGAGCUGAUAACUUGAUAAAGGAUGAGACAAGCUAUGAUGUUCAAGAAAUGGAAGAAGAGUUCAACAAGUUUUUCCCUAACUUGAAUACAGAGCAGCUUGAGGUGUACAACGCUGUAUACAAUUCUGUUCAAAACGGCGAAGGUCGUUUGUUCUUUGUUUAUGGAAGUGGUGGCUGUGGAAAGACCUACGUGUGGAAAACUCUAAUAUACAAACUCAGAUCAAUGGGGAAGAUUGUCUUUCCAGUUGCAUCUUCUGGGAUCGCUGCUACUUUAAUGCCCGGUGGGAGGACUGCCCAUUCUAGAUUCAAGAUUCCUAUUGUCCUGGAUGAAGAUUCAUGUUGCUCAAUAUCUCACAAUUCGGAUAUUGCAGAGCUUAUAAAAAAUACCAGCCUUAUCAUAUGGGACGAGGCUCCCAUGCAGCACCGGUAUGCUUUCGAAUGCCUUGACAGAUCACUUAGAGAUAUCAUGAAAUCAGUUAGUCCUGAAAGAGGUGAGAUGCUUUUUGGAGGCAUAACAGUGUUGUUAGGUGGAGACUUUAGGCAAAUACUUCCCGUAAUCAACCUUGCUUCUAGGGGUGAAAUCGUAUCUGCGUGUAUCACACGAUCUCGAUUAUGGUCUGCUGCAACAAUUCACAUACUCAAGCAGAACAUGCGUCUAAAUGUACCGGAUACUGAAGCUGAUAGAGAAAGUUUAAGGAUUUUUGCUGAUUGGGUCCUUAAGAUUGGUGAUGGUAAGAUUAAACCCCCAAUGGAUAGUUCGAAGAUUUUUCAUGAAGAUGAUAUUGAAAUUCCCACCGAAUUCUGUGACACGGAGGUUGCAAACAGCGUUGAAAAUAUGAUAAAAUGGACUUUUCCUGAUUUCCCAAUUCAUUUUAAGAGUCCUUCUUAUCUUAGUGAGCGAGCAAUUUUGACUCCAACAAACCAAACUGUAGGCCACCUGAACUCUGUAAUUGUUGGUACUAUUCCAGGUGACACAAAAUCCUACUACAGUGUGGAUAAAGCAGAAGAUUUUGGAGGGACUGCUUCAGAUUUGAAUUUUGCGUUUCCACCAGAGUAUUUGAAUUCUUAUAAUAUCCCAGGGCUUCCACCACAUCAAAUGGAUUUGAAGGUUGGUGUCGCUGUGAUGCUUAUGCGAAAUUUAAACCAAACUCUUGGACUUUGCAAUGGAACAAGGAUGAUGGUCACCAAAUGUUUGAAACAUUGUGUUGAGUGCGAAGUAAUCUGUGGUGCAUUCGUUGGGAGUAGACACUUUAUUCCGAGAAUGGAGCUUUAUCCAACUGAGACAAAACUCCCUUUUAAGCUUAUAAGGAAACAGAUGCCUUUGCAAAUCUGCUACUCAAUGACUAUUAACAAAUCUCAAGGCCAAUCUCUUGAAAGAGUUGGUUUAUUUCUGCCAAAGCCAGCAUUCACACAUGGUCAAAUAUAUGUAGCCGUUAGUAGGGUGACAUCUCCAUCUGGUCUUAGACUUUUCAUCGAUGCAAACACAGGUGCACCGACUAAUAUAACCCAGAAUAUAGUGUACAAGGAAGUUUUUUACAACCUGCCCAAAGUCUAA